AUGACAUCGCAUCCCAGACAAUCGCCCACGUAUACAAAUUCCCAUCAAGUCCCAACACAACAAGUUCAAGCGCGAGUCCCACAAGACACAACUUCACCUCCCAUUUCGAAGUCCCCAACACGUCCCAAACAAGUCAAUCGCGAGGUUCCGCCAAGGAAUAUCCAUCCAAGUUCCCCCAAACACGUCCCAACAAGUGCAAAUCGACAGUCCCAAGAACAUCCUCCAUCAAGUCCCCAACACGUCCCAACAAGUUCAAUCGAGUCCCAAGAGGAAAAUUUCCCAUCGGAAGCCUCACCCCAACACGUGCCCAACAAAAAAAGUCAAAGCGAGUCCCAUAGUCCGUUGGACACUCCCAACACACUCCCCCAACAACAACGAGUUCCCAAGACAAUCCCCAUCAAGUCCACCCACAAAAACCCACCCAUCCCAACAAUCUCAUUAAGUCCAAGCGGCGUCUCUCCCAAAAAGCCUCCCAUCAAGUCCCCAACACGUCCAACAAGUCCCAAACAAGUCCCAACACGUCCCUACACAGUCCCAUCAAGUCAUGCGAGUCCCAACACAGUCCCAUUCAAGUUCCCCAACACGUCCAAACACGUCAAAGCGAAGUUCCCAAAAAAAAAGUCCCUCAGCUCCACCGUGCCCCUCACAGGUCGCCAGGAAUAG